AUGUCAUCCCAUGGAUCCCCAAGACCUUCUGUGAUGGCGCCGCUAUUGAUUCCACUAGGAGCGCGAUCUCGUCGAGGAUCGUUAGUAUCACUUCCUGGGGCCACCCCCGUCGAUAAGGAACAGCUGGCACAAGCUCUUGAUAAAAUACAUAGUACUGCUUGUCAGUCAGAGACCCUUACCACGUUCAACGAGUUUGCUCCUCCACCUCCAUCCUCCUCGAACCCUGAGAGUAAAGGCCUGGCUGGGGAUAUUAUGCAAAAUGGUUUGAGUGGUCUAUACAGUCGGUUUAAAGGCGCAGUUGGAGUAGGAAAGGAUAAAGCAGGAAGUACCUCCGUGAAAGGUGACAAUGAGAGCUUCGACACGAUUUCAAUCAAGAGCCAAAAUGCAUCGAAUAUUACUCCGGGACCAAAAGGUUCUGCCGGUCUUGCGCGUGAGGAUUCGGGCAUUACUGCUUCACCCAUCCAACUUUCCACCACAUCUUCACAACUUCAGUCCCCAUCUGUAUCUUCGUUCAUGGGGAAUUCGUCUGAGAUGCAGUCACAUGCUAUCAAAUCGUCAAAAGCCUCGCUCUCGUCAGCACCCUCAACCUCAAAAUCGUCAGCCAGGCCUCCUCUCAAUCCGAUGGUCAAGAACGCCUCGUCUUCAGCUAUUGUCCCUACCGUUGCACCUGUCAACGCGGUUGCAUUUAAAGAGGGGGAGAAGGCUCGACUGGGGAGUUCGGAUGGAAAUGUUACAGAUAAAGUAAAUAAAAAAGGUGCUUCAGAAAGAUCCGAGCCAGCUUCAGCGUCAGAUUACACUCACCCUAACACGCUUGGGUCAGCUAGCGCAUCCGAAAGUAGACGUUUUCCAGGCCAUUCUUCGGGCUUAGACGAUUCGGAGUCUUUUGAUUUUGAGCCCAUGAAAAGCGAAUCCGCUGGGCGAAUGUCGCUAGGUAAUUUAGACUCCAAAAAGGAUUCCCAGGAGAUGAACUUUCGUGCUAGUGAUGGCAGCGCCACAGGAAGGGCCAAAUCUCUGAGUAACCCUAAAACAGCAUCGUCGGCACUUUCUUCCAUAAAAAGCUCAGAUCCAAGACCGAAUGCAACACCGCGUCUCUUCAUCCCAGAAACUGCUAGGCGAAGUCCUGCCGUCGAACGUAUAACUCAGUCACAUCUCCCUGGCUAUCAAGCAUCACGUGCCUCUUCGACAGACCGCAGUACUGCGGAAGCUAGCCCUGUCCAUACGUCUGCCCAUAAUCAUGUGCGGCAUGAUUCUUUUGGUACAGAUGAGCGUUCUUCGCGCACUUACUCCGGUAGAGCUCGCAUACCCGGCACUACUACAAAUGGAGGCAAUGCAGAAGUAGUGAGCGCUCGCUUAGAACAAAUGAGAAAGCAAGUCCUCAGUAAGGAAUUUUGGAUGGCUGAUGACAUUUGCAAAGAGUGUUUCUUAUGCGGUGAUCCUUUCACUGCCUUUCGCAGAAAACAUCAUUGCCGAACUUGCGGCUGUAUCUUUGACUCCAAAUGCACACAGACUAUUUCAGGCCAAAGAUUUGGUGUUCAGGGGUCACUUCGGAUGUGUACAACUUGCCUCGACAUUAUAAACAGGCGCCACGAUAGCAGCGGCUCCGACGAUUCGGAUGACGAAUCAGGCUUGCCGACUUUCUUCCAUUCUCAACAGGCCAAGUUUGACUCCUCUACAUCGACUAAAAUAGAUCUACCGGAGAGUUCAAGUGAUUCGGUGAAGAUAGGAGACGAAUCUAGACCUCUAGCGACCCCGAUGAUGGCCAUACCUGCCACGCGACGAAUUGGAGAUUCUUCCAACAGGCGCUCCGCCAUUCUAGAAAUAGAUGCACCGCAACUGAGUCGCCCAAGCUCAUCCAGAUCAUUGAAAGCCUUGUCUACUGCCGCGAGACCUUCAUCUUCUAGCCAUAGGCGGCAUCAGUCAAAACACAAUUUUCUUGGUCGUUUCAAAACCCCUGCCGGAGACAGGGCACCAUUUCAUCGUGGACUGACCGAUGACAUUGGAAAAGGAACUCGUCUACCAGCCUUCCAUGACGACAAUAUUAUUGAUCCAGAUUUGGCACCAUAUAUGUCAGAUGAAGGCUCAAGCGCCGAUGAACAGAUGAGUAUUUUUGCUACUUUGAACAAUGGUAACACUACAACUUCUCCUUUCGAAAAUGACAGAGUGGGUUUUGGCUCUUUGCUGAACGCUACCAAAAGACAUAGGGCUAGAACUGGCGACAAAAGUGUUAGUGGGAUCAGUUUCACAAGUCGAGGCUUAGAAGAUGCUAGUGCAACUGUGGGGGCUUUCACACGACCGAAUCGUCGACGUAAUCUAAGCGUUGCUAGUAACACCUUACAUCACACUCGACCCUCGCCAAGACAAAUGAAGCCGACAGGCUUAGCGAAGGGGUAUGGGAAUGUGAAUGAAGACGUCGCGACACCGGAACACUUAUCAGAUGUGCCCACGCCGGCAGGCAUGUCUUCAAAAAUGACUCGAAGUGCAUCGAUGCGAGAUGCUAAAGCUCCUGCUAUAGAGCUAAACAAUGCCAGUUUACAUCAUGUCCGGCGGCUGCUACACCAAUUACUUGAAGACGCAGACGUUCCAAACGUUGCUUCUUGGGAGAAGGCCUUAAUACCUAUUCUCCUUCAGUGCACGGACGAUGUAAAUCCAGACGUUCGGCGUGGCGACGAUAUAGAUAUUCGCCAUUACGUCAAGUUAAAGAAGAUACCAGGUGGAAAACCAGGUGACACUUCAUAUGUAUCCGGCGUCGUGUUUACCAAGAACCUGGCCUUGAAAAGUAUGCCUAGGAGUAUUUCGAAUCCCCGCAUUGUUAUUGUAUCAUUUCCAAUUGAAUAUCAACGUCAUCAAUCGUCUUUUAUGAGUCUGGAGCCUGUUAUCGCGCAAGAGAAAGAAUUCUUGAGAAAUAUGGUGAAUCGAAUUGCAUCUCUGCGUCCCCAGCUUCUUCUGGUUCAAAAACAUAUUUCCGGGCUUGCUUUGCAAUAUCUCGCUGAGGCAAACAUUGCCGUUAUCUACAAUGUUAAACCCUCAGUAAUAGAAGCGGUUUCAAGAUGUGCCCAGACAGAGGUUAUUUCGUCUAUCGACAUGGUAGCUCUAAAGCCAGUACACAUAGGCAAGAGUUCUGGUUUUGAUGUGAAAACUUAUGUCCAUGGAGAUAUUCCGGGAAGAAAGAAGACUUACAUAUAUCUAUCUGGGUGCCCAAAAGAGCUAGGAUGUACCAUCGCUCUCCGGGGUGCUAGCAUGCCUGUACUAGCCAAAAUGAAGCAGAUCACUGAAUUUAUGGUAUACGUGGUUUACAAUUUGAAGCUUGAAACAUGCCUAAUGAGGGAUGAAUUCGUCUUGAUCCCGUCUGUGGCAGAAACUGGCAAUCUCUCGCCUGCAAGACAAAAUGGACAGACUUCGAAAUCUAUAGGAUCGGAUGCUAUGCCUCAACAAGACACAGUUGUGGCCGCGAGCAAUGUAUUGCAGGCUGCUACCGAGUCGAACAAAAUCAAAGGUCUUUCUCAAGAUGAGCUCGGCAACAAUGAAAGCAUAUCCACUGAUAAAGUUCACAUUAACCCUGAAUCUACUACUGAGGCACAGACAGCCAUAUUGGCUGACCAAAAGCCGGAAGUGUCCAGAAUGAUCUCUGCACAUGAGUCACAUGCUCACUCUUCUCAUGACGAUCACCUGCCAGAAGAUGUACCUAUGCCAACCUUUUAUAGCGAUAUGGUAGCUAAGCACCAAACUAAAAUUCUAUCUGCAUCUCCAUUUGUGAAGUUUAUGCAACCUUAUCUAUUGGUUAGGGCGAGAGAGCAGGAGAGAAGACUUGUUUAUUUGAAAAGACUUCGUGACCAAGACAUGUUUGAAGAGCAGACCGAUACAGAAAAAUCGAAGCCGCAGAAAUUCCAGCUCAUAAAGCCCGACAUGGUCCACGAGAGUAUUAAAGAUGCACCUAGGCAAAUCAUGGAGGUCCUGCACGCUGUACAUGAUGCCGAGUAUGAUAAGGCUUUGCACAAUUACCAGACACAGACUCGGCAAUGGGAGAAUUAUAUUCAAGGGAAUCUCAACCUGUUCGAUCCGUAUGGACACCAAAAUAUCACUGUGCUAUACACAGUCGUCUGCACGGAAACUUCAAUUCCUUGUGCUGGGCCCGAUCUUCUUACCCUCGCAUUCUAUACUGAGCACGAAAUAUCAGCAGAAAUAGAUCCCGAUUGUACACUGGGCCAGUAUGUAGAGGAUCUGUGCUUGACGAUAAAUACUACCUGUACGUUCAAUGGCUGCGAUCGUAAGAUGUCGGAGCACCAUCGAACUUAUGUUCACGGCGAAGCACGCAUAACUGUGUUUGUUGAAAGAUCACCUUGUAAGAUCAAAGGACUUCAGGAUUCCAUUUUGAUGUGGAGCUAUUGCAAAAAAUGUCAGAAGGAAACUCAGGUUAUGCCCAUGUCUGAAAGUACUUGGAAAUACUCUUUUGGCAAGUAUUUAGAACUAUCUUUUUGGAGCAGCGAGUUGCAUCUCAGGGCAGGGUUUUGUCCCCAUGAUUUGCAUCGUGAUCAUUUGCGAUAUUUUGGCUUCCGCAACGUCGCCAUUAGAAUCCACUACGACCCUAUCGACCUUCUUGAAAUUGUUGUACCUCGAACAAGAAUUACCUGGAAAGUAGAUAAUGAUUUGAGGUUGAAAAACGAACUGUUUACAAAAAUAGAAGAACGGUGGAACAGGUUCAUGACAUCGGUAGUUUCGAGGAUCAAAGGAAUCAACAUCGAUAGCGUGGCACCCGAAAAGGCGGAAGCAUGUAAAGCUGAAAUAGAACGCUUAACGAAACGUGCGCAAGAAGAACACACUGCGUUGCUACGCAAGUUACAGGAUAAAUACAUGGAAUCGAAAUACUAUGAAAUCAUCCCACUAAAUAGAGCUGUAAGAGCCAUGCAAGAGAAGGUUGCGGAGUGGGACGAUGCCUUCCAAGAUUUUGAUGGAAACUUCUUUCCCUCGGAAAAGGACAUUCGCCGCCUUGCCGCGAUACAACUCAAGAGGAUGUUUAUGGAUCGUGACGAAUCUCAAACUUCACUGGUGUCUGUAGAGACGAAUGAACCAUUGUCUGAUGUCGAAGAGAAAUCCGUAAUUCAAGCACCAACGGAAACCGCAACCGAACCAAGUCAGGAUACAGAAGAACCGCCGGAGGAUCAGCUAACAGUAGUUGAAGACAGUUCAGUCCCAGAUCUGUCAGCGGGCGAUUCGCAGCCUUCCGACGGAACCCAACCAUCUAUUACAGAGGAUCCAAUUCAAACGCCUCGGCAUGAGGGAGUAGAACAUCUUGAUCUCGCUAUUCCAGAAACCGCAGAUCAACAAGUUGCUUCGGACAUUUUGACAUCAACAGAUACAUCUGACUUUCUCACACCUAGUCCGUCGGAGAUGGACAGUCCCCCGGAUGUAGAAAUACCCACAGCACCUUUAGAAGCAACUCUAUCCGAAAAAAUUGAGAGACUACGAAGGGCAAACCAAUCAUAUUCUGGCGAGCAGGGGCAGCCACAAACAGAGACCUCUGGAAUUCCAAGACCAACGGAACGUACAACCUCGCGCCGCAGUGGUGCUUCGCCUCCUCUUAAUCGUACUCAGUCGCAGCCUGCAAAUACCUUACGUCGCAUGCAGCCAAUCUCUAGUAAGGCAUAUCAUCGUCUAGGAGAUGCGCGCAAGUCUAGUGAUACUCAGAUCCCAUUGCUUGAACCUUUGAAACCAUCUACGACAGAGCCGGUAAGACCCACCGACAAAAGACUUUCGGAAAGAUUGGGCUUGGGGUCACUCAAACAGAAUCGCAAGGCGGGACACUCCCUAAUUCCAAGGUCUGUGCAAAGUAAACGAAAGGAAUCCAAAGUUACAACGCUAGCAAAGCACUUUGAGCAGCUGAGUAGAGAAUUUGAGAAAGAACGUCUACGCGACAGGAGACGAAUGGCAGCGAAAGUCACACAAUCAAGAGCCUUCCCCAAGGCAUCUUCCAAGCCGAUUGUCGAGAUAUACAAGGAUAUCAACGAAGCUGUCGAGGAGCGCGGACCCCCCGACGAAGUCUCUCUAGACGCCGAACCCACGCGAGUUAGUGCAGAAUCUACUGGCAUGACUGAAGGGCUUGCCGAUCUUAAUAUGGAGCCUCCUAGUAGCGAGACACAGCCAAAUUCGCCAAAUGACACCUCUGCUGCCACUGAAGGCGCUGUUGCCGACAUUGAAGCGGAUGACAGCCAUCAAAACUUUAGUCAAACUGGUUCAGAUGACGAAGGAGCUGUUAGCGAUGCAGACCAUUCUUUGAUUGGAGACCUUUUGCAAGGCGCGGAGGAACUAGCUGAAUCGCUUCGUGUGGGCAAGCCAAAUGCCGACCUUCCGCUGGAGAUACCAAAGCAUGAGAAGUCUAGUCUCAUGAAGAUGUUAACUAAUUUCUGGGCGGAGAGAUCUGCCAGCGGUUGGACCCAGCUUGAGUAUCCUAUUAAUGCUGGUGAGCAUAUAUUUGUCGAUUCUGAUGUUAUUAUCAGAGAGGAUGAACCGAGCUCGUUGAUAGCUUUUACGUUGUCAUCGGAACAUUAUCUAGCUAAGUUGGAUGAUCUUCGACAACAAGGUCCAGCAUGCGCAAAAGCCCAAGAGCAUGAUUCUAUGCCUUUAGACGGUACGCCAGACAUAUGCGAAGAUGGUAUCAACCAAGCAGAAGUCGAAACUUCAUUAUUGCGUGCCACUGGUACUCAUCUUGCGUACUCGUUCGUCGAUUCCUCGGCAAGAAUGCAAUGCAAGAUUUUCUUUGCGGAACAAUUUGAUGCUGUGCGAAGAAAGUGCGGAGUAGCAGAUCGAAUCGUAGAAUCGUUAUCUCGGUGCUUGAAAUGGGAUUCUAAAGGAGGAAAGACCAAAUCCGUAUUCUUGAAAACACUCGAUGACAGGCUGGUCUUGAAACAGCUAUCCCCCAUUGAAACUCAGGCAUUCCUCAAAUUCGCGCCAGCUUAUUUCAACAUUAUAUCCGAGGCGCUGUUUCAUGAGUUACCUACGGCCAUUGCGAAAAUGCUUGGCUUCUUCCAGAUUGUGAUCAAAAAUCCAGCUACGGGCACGGAAAUCAAGUGGGAUGUGUUGGUAAUGGAAAACCUCUUCUAUGAUCGUUCGCCUACACGCAUUUUCGAUUUGAAGGGAUCCAUGCGAAACAGAAAAAUUCAGUCUACAGGGGAGCAGAAUGAGGUGCUUCUGGACGAGAACAUGGUUGAAUUUAUCUAUGAGUCUCCUUUAUUUGCACGUGAACAUUCUAAAAAACUUCUUCGAUCUGCAAUCUUCAAUGAUACUCUCUUCCUGCAACGAAACGACGUAAUGGAUUACUCGCUGAUGGUAGCUGUGGAUGAGGCACGAAAAGAACUUGUCGUCGGAAUCAUUGAUGUAGUUCGUACUUACACCUGGGACAAGAAGUUAGAAUCGUGGAUCAAAGACCGUGGUUUCGCUGGUGGUGGCCGCAAUCGACCUACCGUCACGUCGCCUAAGGAAUAUAAAAGCCGUUUCAGAGAAGCGAUGAAUAGAUAUAUUCUGCAAGCCCCCAAUAGUUGGCACCAACCUCUGGAUGGAAGACCGAGAAGAGACUCAAGACAGAUGGUGCAAGAGGCAAGAACGCCGGUGUUGUGA